AUGGAACGACUCAGUCGAAGCGAAAACGGCCUUAAGCUGCCGCAGUUUGAGGCCAUCGACCUGAGCGACUGGAAACGCACGCCUACCGACGACUGCCCGGACCCCGACCGCAGCUUCCUCUAUGCUCCGCCGAGCGCCUACUCGACUCUUCCGCGCGACAACCUCAGCCCUGAAGAUGAGAACCCGCUGCGCGCCCGUCGCUACAGCCGCAAGAUCGAGGAAAGCAGCCGCUUCGGAAUAUGGACCCUGAUCCUCCUGCUGCUGGCCAUCAUCAUGGUCGUGCUGACCGCCCUCUACUCGACCGGCUCGGCCAAGUCCUUGAUGAGAGGCAAGAUCUUUGCCACGUCGUCCAGCAACGCCAUCCUGCUCCUCCGCAUCCUCACCGAACUCUGCGCCGUCAUCCUGAGCGCCCUGGUCAUCGUCGUCGUCGAGGACUUGCAAUGGGCCCUGGCCUCCAGGCCCGAGGGUGUCAGCCUACUGCACUUUGUUGGCCUUGACUCGGGCACCGGAGUGUGGGGUUUGUGUCGGUUGCUGGCGACGGCCGACUGGAGGCAGAAGUACUCGAGCGCUUUCCGCCUUCUGGUCAUUCUUUCAAUCCCCCUUCCUGGUAUCAUUCUCAUGGGCGACAUUAACAUUGAGCUGGUCUUCUUCCCCGAGAAAACGUACCAAGUGGCCGCUGGGCUUUCGGAUUUCAACGCUUCGUACAUAUCACAGUUGACCGCCGUAUCGACCACGGCACUCUUGGUCCAGAUGGGCAACCCCAUCUGGUCGGAUCGGGAAUCCGUAUCCGUCGAUCCUCUGGGUCCAGGCAGGGGGCACUGUACCGCUUCUAACACUUCGUCGGCCUGGGUGCCGUGCGAAGAAUCCUACUUCAUGUCCGGUGGCUUCAACUCCAUCUCUCCGCAGGCCGACGAUCUUGCCAGCUACCCGGAAUCCAAGGCUUACGUUGUUCCGCAAGUGAAAGGCUACCAUGUAGAGUACGGCACCGUCCACGACAUCAAGGCUCUCCACGAUGACGGCAACUGUCAUCUGAUUGGAAGUGCCGCCGCCGCUGCAUACUGGUGCUCCGCCCUCGGCUCCGACCAGGAACUGCUUUUCGGCUCAGCCUACUGUCCCAUAUCUCUACAACUAAACAGCAGCUGCCUAAACUCCACGUCCUGGACCUCCGAGCUAGAUAUCGCCACCUCCAUGUUCGUCUACCGCCGCUUCGCAACCGUCAACUUCUCGCGCACCAACUUCUCCAUCCUCUCCCUCACCGACCUCUCGGAGCCCAAGCAAUUUCCCAUCUCGCUUGAGGAUUACAUGCUCGCCCUCUCCUCCGUCGUUCCCGGCUUCAACACGAGCGCCGACGUCAAAGGCGACAACUCGCAGCUGGCCGCCUACGCCGUGACCGCCCUCCCCAUCAGCGACAGCCAGGUCGCCAAGAAGAUUUCGCUCAAGGCCAUCCGCAAGGCCAUGUCCGUGCCGCUCGAUUACUUUCAGGCCAACUACUUCGCCCCGGGCCCCAACAUCUGGGAGCUCGAAACGCCGCGCUCUGGUCUGGACGAGGACAUGUACACCGACCUCAGCAUUUCCAUCCUCUCGCACCAGGUCGUCGCCGGCCAAGUGUCGAGAUGGCUGUUCGUUGCGAGCGCCAGCGCCUUGAUCCUCAUCUGCGCCGCCGCCAUCGUCGCAACCAUACGAAUAUGCGAGCGCAGGCCGCAGCGCUGCGGCUACCCGUCGUUGGAUUUCGCCGCCGUCUGUGCCAGGGGCUCGACGGAUGGAAACGGCCUGCACAGAUCGCUGACGCGGCUGGGAGAGCGCCCGAGCAAGUUUGAGGUCGCGAGCAGGAUCAAGGGCGAGCGCAUCGUUUUGAGGUAG